AUGGCUCCUGGAAAGGCAUAUACAGACCAUCAAUUCCACAGCACUUCUUAUACGGGCCCCCGCUCAACACCCACCAUCCCCAACGGCGGCCUCUUCUCCCUCUACGCCUCCACCCACAUCCCCACACCUCCCAUCCACCCCUACACCGCCCUCCUCCAAGUCCGCCAAUGGCACGAAUGGAACACCUACGUCCCCCACGUCCUCAUCACCAAACAUCCCAACCCCCAUUCCCGCAGUCUCAAAAUGGAAACCGGAACCUUCAUGACCUUCACCUACGAACUCGCCCCGAAUGAAAAGGUAGAGAGUAAAGAAGUCGUCCGACAUCUCGAAGCUCUCAAGACGCGCUCGCAAAAUAACUCGGCCACGGGGAAAUAUGUCACGAGAAUUCGAUGGACGAUGGAUAAUGCGGGCUUACUGGCGCCGGGGUUCAUGCUUAAGACUGAGAGGGUUAUAGAGAUUGAGGAGUUGGAGAAUGGGGAGACGGAGGUGCGGACGUGGAUGAGUUAUAAAGGGCUUGGAGCGAAGUUGGUGCGGAAAAAGUACGAGGCGGUGUUGAGGGAGAAGAAUGYGGAUUUUAUGCGCGAUUUGAGGAGGAGAAGUGUGGUGUUGGAGAAGCAGGCGAGGAGGGAGAAGGUGGAGGGGGCUGAAGAGGAUGAGGGGGAGAGUGAGGAUGUUACGCCUGAUGAGAUUGAUGGGAAACCGAUGAGACGGGUAGAUGGGAGUGUUCCUGCUGCUGCUGCUGCUGCUGCUACUUCACCUCGAGGGACGACUUGA